GAAAAAGACGGUGGUGACAAUGGGGCUGGCCAAGCGCGUGCCCGAGAUCCUCGGGCUCCUCUUUACAGCGGCGACCGGCUCCCUCUUCUACUGCCUCGCGUUCUCCAAGUACAUUCGGAGCAGCGACACGGUCAACAAUAUGCUCGGCUACAACACGGCGGCGCUCACCCUGCACCAGCGCGUGCUGCCGUACUUGGACUUUGACGCCAUCUCGGCCGGCUACGGCACGCCCAUCACGUAUGAUAUGCUCAACAUGAACGAGACGGGCCUCUCGAUGCGCAUGCGGCUCUCGGCAGCCACGUCCGACCUCAAUCACAUGGUGACGCCAGGGUCUGCGCUCUUCUUCUCCAACACGGCCCUCUCGACGCUCGGACUCAACGUCUCGUCGUUUCCGGUUGCGUGCACGUGGGCGCGCAAUACGACCAAAGGCGUUAGCGUCACCACAAAGUACUCGACGUCGAUGGCCGGCAAGCCCAACGCCGGCGUCACCUGGGCCGGCAUCAACAACCUCCCGACGACGAUCAAAGCAACCACCAACGUCGCGACGCUCACGGCGGCGGUCGUGGAUGCACCGAACGGGCGUUGUCAGUACAACCUCAAGCUCUUCCACAGCGAAGCGUUUGAGCUAUGGACACCGAUCAUGAUGAGCUUCAACAUCUACGAGACGAAUCUGCAAGUGAUCGACGACGGCAGUCGGCCGCUCAAGUGGACCUUCCACCCGAACGAAGCAACAUUUAGCUGGUUCUUUUACCGGCAGCGGUCGACCGAGUUCAACAACAUUGCACUGGCUUCGCAGCUCUUGACGAUCUUGAUCAUCCUCUCUGGCUUUGUCCGCCGCGUGUCGUUCUCGACGCCGUCGGGGCACAAGAAGAGCCUCUUCCGCUUCUCGGUCGACCCGCUCUCGUCCCAGGCCAAGUACUACAACGCCGGCCUUGUCAACUUUUUAGAAGUCUACAUCAUCGUCGCGGACCGGUACAUGUUUUUCCGGACAGUCAACGCCCUCGACUUCUUCCUCGCCAACGACUGGGGCUUCUCGCGCUGGCUCAUGUACUUCAACUACGCCAACCUCAUGGGCAGCGUCUUCUGGUUCGUCCUCGGCAUGCACAAGGCGAUCGCGCUCCUGCUCUAUGGCAUCUCGUCCGUCUCGAAGCGGACGAUGGCCAUCAAAGCCAAGAAGCGUCGCCGCCUUAGCCACGUGCGCUACGACUCGAAGGGUGCCAAGAAGACCGACAUCAAGUCGCCGUCGCGCAAGACGAGUAUCACGACGACCAAACCGCCGUCGGGCUUCAACUCGUUUACGGGCCUCGAGCACCGCGAGUACUCGGGCAGCUUCCAGCGCGAGACGCCGUCCGACUGGAUCGUGCUGAUAAAAGAGGCGACGCGGCCCCGCCCCGACCUCAUCCUGGCGUGCAUGCUGCUCUUCCCGUCCCUCUACUAUGCGGGUUUCUUCGGCGGCGCAACGGCGUGGGCGCCAUUGAGUACGCUGAGCUACUCGGCCCUCGGCAGCAACCUCGGCGCCGACCUCAUGAUGUGGAACUUGAUUGUGUGCGCGGUCGUGACGCUACCGCUCAACGGGUUGUACCUGAUCUGGGAGUACCGUGGCAUGGCAGGCAACGGCUGGGUUCAAUUGCGCCAGCCGGCCCGCGCGUACUACAAUGACAUCGUGCUCCUCAAGCCCAACGAGCGCAUCGCGGUUGUGACCGAGGGCCAGAUCGACUCGAUUCUGGGCAUCAUCAAGCUCUCGAUGGCCAAGCGCCGGCUCCAGGAGCUCGGCGAGAAUGUGCAAGUCGCGUACUCGCUGACGAUCCACGAAGUCAUGCACGACUAUGUCAUUAGCGAGCUCGAAGCCAUCUUCACCGUGUUUUUGGCGGUCGACAUUGAGGCGACGUACGGGUGCCUCGUGCAGCACCCGGUCGGCCCCAACCCAUUUUACAAGCACCCGGUCUGCGAGAUUAGCAACUACCGCCACCGCGGCGUGCUCCUCACGUGGCCGCGGCUCACGAAACCUGGCAUUGACGAGUGGGACUUUCAGCAAAUGUUUCUGAAGCGCAUCCACCUCGUCGGCUCGUCCAACAACCCGACCUUUCUGGGCCGUAGCCCCGCGGUCACCAUCGACGAGACAAGGACGGUCAGCAACGGGGCCACCAAUUUCCCAACCGCAAUCCGCCCCAAGGUUACAGCUCUGCCCGAGCUCAAGAGCCCGCUGCGGUUGCAGUCGGCGCCGUAUGACGAGGCGUCGAACCGAACCACAGACGCGACCGACGCACCGCUCCGACACAACGUGUUUGCGGCCUCCGAGAUGCGUGCCAUGGACCCCGAUCGGAACAGUGAAGACCCCGAGGUGACGACGACACCCGUGUACGAGGCGAUGUCGCUGCGCGAGUCGUGACGCUAGCCCACGGACCCCUCUCUAUUCUAUUCGUGCAUACUGCAUGAAAUGCACUUGAUUCC